ACAUGGUUCGGGUCCGAGCCGUGGUGAUGGCCCGAGAUGACUCCAGUGGGGGCUGGCUGCCUGUGGGGGGCGGGGGCCUCAGCCAGACCACCUUGGAGUGUACCCUGCGGCCAGGCUUGGUUUACAACAAGGUGAACCCCAUCUUCCAUCACUGGAGCCUGGGUGACUGCAAGUUUGGGCUGACGUUUCAGAGUCCGGCAGAGGCUGAUGAGUUCCAGAAGAGCCUGCUGGCAGCACUGGCUGCGCUGGGUCGAGGCUCGCUCACCCCCUCCUCCUCCUCCUCCUCUUCCUCCUCCCCUUCCCAGGAUACCGCAGACACUCCCUGCCCUCUGACGUCCCACGUGGACAGCGACUCCUCCUCCAGUCACAGCCACCAGGAGACGCCUCCCACCGCAGCGGCGGCCCCCAUCGUCACCGUGGAGUCAGCUUCUGGCUUCGGGCCGGCCACGCCCCCCCAGCGCCGCCGCUCGUCAGCUCAGAGCUACCCUCCGCUCCUACCGUUCACGGGGAUUCCGGAGCCUUCAGAACCCCUGGCCGGGACAGGGGGACUGGGCUGGGGCGGCCGCGGCUAUGAGGAUUACCGGCGAGCUGGGCCACCCGCACCCCUCGCCCUAUCCACCUGCGUCGUGCGCUUCGCCAAGACCGGCGCGUUGAGGGGCGCAGCCCUGGGGCCCCCCACAGCCCUGCCCGCCCCUCUCACCGAGGCUGCGCCUCCAGCACCCCCGGUUCGCCCACCCCCGGGCCCCGGCCCGGCCCCUGCACCUACCAAGGCCUCCCCGGAGGCGGAGGAGGCGGCGCGCUGCGUGCACUGCCGCGCGCUCUUCCGCCGUCGCGCCGACGGGCGCGGCGGCCGCUGCGCCGAGGCCCCGGACCCGGGUCGCCGGCUGGUGCGCCGUCUCAGCUGCCUGUGGUGCGCCGAGAGCUUGCUCUACCACUGCCUGUCGGAUGCCGAGGGCGACUUCUCGGACCCGUGCGCCUGCGAGCCGGGCCACCCGCGCCCCGCCGCGCGCUGGGCCGCGCUGGCCGCACUCUCCCUCGCCGUGCCCUGCCUCUGCUGCUACGCGCCCCUGCGCGCAUGCCACUGGGUCGCAGCGCGAUGCGGCUGCGCAGGCUGCGGGGGUCGCCACGAGGAGGCGGCGCGGUGAGGACGGCCUGGUGGGUCCGGUAGCCGGACCGAGGACCCAAAAUUGAGGGUCCAGGACCC